AUGUUGGAGCUUACAGUGAACUCCAACUCACAGGAAUCCCAAAUAUCAAAGCUUCUCUGGAAGUAUCUGAACCUGAAUCAUGCAACGCUUUUAUUUACCACAGAUAAAGAUACGGAAUCUGCUUUGAAGUUCAAAGAUGGAAGGGAAACUGUUAAACAUUUUCCACUCAUAUUGGAACUUGUUUUGACGACCUCAGAUACAGGAUCGCUCCUUAUCCCAAAUGAACCAGAGUUGAAGGGCACCAUGGAUUCGUUCGUUGAUUUUGCGUUUAAACACAACUUUGAUGUAUUGGAUGUCGAGUCAAUUAGAAUGCUGGACACAUAUUUGUUAAAUGAAACGUUCUUUGCCGGCCCUACGUUAACCUUGGCGGAUGUAGUAUUAUUCGUAUCCCUGCUAAAUUGGACAGUCCGCUCCAAACCAAAGGAACGAUCAGAAUUUCCAAACCUCAUGAGGUGGUUCGACCAUUUACAACACCUUCCAGAGCUCGCAACAUGUUUCGAGGAAUUUUCAGUAAUAAACCUGUUCGAUGUAUGUGGUAUAAAACUUGACUUCAUUUUUAGAACAAACUCGUUAUAUCGGAGCCUAAGACGGAAAAAGUUGAAAAGAAAAAAGAAAAGAAAGAAAAACCGAAGUUUCGAAGGUUGUCGUUGGCAGUGUAUUGUCAAUCAGGAAGCACCAGGAUGCCGACAAAGUAUUUGCUCAGGAUUGGUCGACUUUCUGGCUCCAGACGAUAUUCUGAACAAGAAAGUGUGUGUCCUGGCUAAUUUACCCAAAAAGAACCUGAGAGGGGAAGAAUCCAACGGAAUGGUUUUAUGUGUGUCGAACGAAGAUAAAACCUCGGUUGAGCUCCUGGAGCCACCAACAGAAACACCAGUGGGUGAACGAGUAAACUGGGAAGGUUUAUCGGGAGAACCGGACGAACAACUUUCAUUGAAGAAAGGAAAGGAUACCUUUAGUCUGGUACAAAAGGAUCUUUUGUGUAAAGAUAACAUAGGAUACUACAAGGUAGACUUAUUUUUUUUUAAAAAAAGCUUUAGUCAUCGAAAUUCAUGA